AUGAGCAACGUUCAAAAUCAAGAUUUGAGAGUCUUCAGCGAUCACAGCGUGCUUUCGAAGCAUUUGUUCAAAUCGAGUUUCAAGCACCACCUGAUUCUUGUAACGCACAAGAACGGGACGUCACCUUCGUGGCUGAUAAAUGCUUUAGUCGAAACGCACAUAUUUGGUGCACCAGUGUAUUUGAACGAGUCUCAGAGGUCUGUUUGGGAUAAGCAUGCUGCAAAUGAUGGAGAGAAGGCAAUAUCUGUCGCGUCAUUUUACCAUGACGCGGAUUAUUUUACGUCGGCGUUUGCCAAACUCAAACUGGAUCCAAGCCGCUACCGGGUCUUGGAUUUCUUGACCAAUUUCGCUGUGAGGAGCGACGAGAAAUCGUCGGAUCAGUUAUUGCAAGAGAUCAUAGACGCAGUAGGUCAAAGUGGAACCGAUACGGUCAUCCUGGAACAACCGGAGUUGCUCAUGCCUUUACUGGACCUGGGUAGUGACGAAUUGCAUUUUAAGCUAAUCAGCCCGUUGGCGCGAAAGGUUUCGCUUCUGAUCAUAGUGAUGAACACAGAGGGAUACGAGCACAAUGACAUUGCAGAAUACCAGCGGAGAGAUGCCACUGAGUUGACGCGGUUCGCAAUGGCUUGUUUCCACAAGAGUACAGCUGUCCUGGGUUUGAAGCCUCUCGAGUCCGGGAGAGCCGACGAUGUGACUGGAAUAUUGAGGGUCAGCAGGGGACCAGCAUUGGCCAAGAGUUUUCCUGUGCAUGUUGUUGAAAACGAAUACUUGUUUUUGACUAAAAAGGGCAGCACGAAGUUAUUUUAUCGUUAA